AAUAGAUCACUGAAAAUAAAUUAAGAUUUAAAAAAUAAGAUAAAGAAACGUCACUGACUUGACUGGCACGCUUGUGGUUUUAGAUCAUACAGUAGGUGCAGGAAGAGGAACCGCUAAAGCUUUUACAGAACAUGUUCGGAAACAGAACGCAAGAAAAUCUUUUUUUUCAGUAUCAAAACAAUUCUCACAUGAGCUACAUUUUCAUUUUUAUUCUUUUCAUUUCAAGUAAGUACAUUUCUCAUGCACUCUUCUAUUCUAUUUUAUAUUCAUAAACUGUAAAAAGUAAUAAUUUGAGUUUACGUAGAAAACCUGUGGAAACCGAUUGCCUCAAAUAUUUGAGUUGCUAAAGCUUGCUAUAGAAACGUGUGUAUUUGUACAGGUUACCAGAAAACUUGAGUACUUUUAACUCAAUUUGACAAUUUCACCAACUUACAAAUUUGAGUUAAGUUUAGUACAAAGAACUCUCACAAAGUAGUUACCUUAACAGAUGAUAGACAAGAGGUUUUGACAACCUUUUUUUAGUACCUUCUGUGCUGCUUAAUCAGAAACAUGUAAAAAAAAUAAAUAAAUAAAAAAAAUAAUAAGCCUGCAUUUACAGUACAUUAACCUUAACUCAUCAGGGCACCAGACGGAACCUUUGCUAUGUUUCCACACGGACGGUUAAUAAGGUGAUACCGGAGAAACUGUACGACUUCUAACUUUCUACGGAUUACAUAAUCAGGGAAUAUUUGUACACUUAAAAUUAGACGUUUUGAGCUUUCUAUAAAUACAUUUAUAAAUACACUUAACUCACUUUGAUAAUUAGGUAAUGAGCCUGUAUUGUAAGAAGUAGAAAGUACAGAUAUUUGUGAAAAAAAUUUAAUGAGUAAAAGUAAAAAGUUGUCUGAAAAGUAAAAUACUGAUACCAGAAAAAUCUAUUUAAAUACCGAUACUUUGUUACUUCCCACCUCUGUCUCUGGCACACUGUGGUUUUAGAUCAUGCAGUAGAGGUAGUAGGAAGAGAAACUGCUUGAGUUUCUGUAGAUACAGGAACAAAUUCACAGGGAUGCAGGAUGAAAGAAAACCUCUCAGUUUUUUGAACAUCUGAACAAUUCUAACAUGAGCUGCGUUUCCAUAUUUAUUCUGUUCACUUCAAAUGUUGUCAUUUCUCAGUCAGCAUCCAGAAAGUUAAGUCUUCAAACUGGAGCAUCUGUUACCAUCCCAUGUCCUUAUGAUAGGAAAUAUAUACAUAAUAAAAAAUACUGGUGCUAUGAUGCUGCUUCAGCAUACAAUUUCUGCAAAAUUCAGGCGUAUGCCAACGAGACACAGGGAAAAGUGACAUUAAUUGAUAAUCCAUCUGAGAGUCUCUUUACUGUGACUAUGAAAGAUGUUGUCAUUUCUCAGUCAGCAUACAGACAGUUAAGUCUUCAAACUGGAGCAUCUGUUACCAUCCCAUGUUCUUAUGAUAGGAAAUAUUUACAUCAUAAGAAAUACUGGUGCUAUCAUGCUGUUUCCGCAUACAAUUACUGCACAAUUCAGGCGUAUGCCAAUAAGACACAGGGGAAAGUGACAGUAACUGAUAAUCCAGCUGAGAGUCUCUUUACUGUGACUAUGAAAAAUCUCCAGACAGGAAACACUGGAGGCUACUGGUGUGUUGUAGAGAUAGAAGGACCUGCAUAUGAUGUUACAGAAUACCUUUAUAUCACAGUAAAAGCAGCUCCUGAUCUGUCUGUGAGGGAGAGCAGAGUGAGUGGUGAUGAAGGAGGCAGCGUCACAGUUCAGUGUCUCUACAGCGCUGUGUAUCAGAACACACAGAAGAAGUGGUGCAGAUUCAGAGACAGACGCUGCAACUCAGUGAGGAGGACUGACACAUCCCAGAAUUCAGCAAUAAUCAUCAGUGAUGAUGGGAAAAGUUCAUUCAGUGUACAGAUGAGUGGACUGAAGAAGAGUGAUGGUGGCUGGUACUGGUGCAGUGCAGGAGAUCUGGAGGUUCCUGUUCACAUCAGUGUCCGUGAUCCACCUCCAGUUGUGACUACAGUGGUGACUACAAUCACUCACCAUGUCACUACACACACAUCUGUCACGAAUCACACUUCAGUAGCUUCUGAGACUACAAUUUCUAGCAGUAAUAAAACCAAUGAGAAGGUUGAGUCCCUGGUUCACUGGUACCUGGUGGCCUUUCUUUUGCAAAUAUUGAUCCUGGUCAUCAUCAUCUUCCUGCUAAGAAAAAAAUGCAAAAAUCAAAGCAGGAUCAGAGAGGGGUGCAAUGGCACCACUGUUCACACAGUUAGUGCUGCAUCCAAUGUGUGGCCCAACGCAAUUCAAAAUCAGGCAGAGAGUGAGGAAACAUACAACUCAAUUGUUAAGUCAAGAAAGAUGAAACCAGGAGAAAGGAGCCUGGAGCAGGUCCAGCUUCACUGUAAAGAGCAUUCUUCAACAUUGAAAGAUAAUGAUGACGUGACCUACAGUUCUGUAAAAAUCGCUUCCAAAAAUAAAACAGUGACUCCAAAUGUUGUUGAAGCUGAGAUCAUCUACAGCAGCAUAACUUACCAAGACUGAUGUACUGUUUGGCUGGAAGGAAUCUCUGGGUGGUGCCUCAGGGAUCUCUACUGGGUUCAUGAUCAUCAUACAUCAUAGUCACAUGACUAACUUCAAAAGAUAUUGCAAAAAUACACCAGAAAUACUUUAUUUAUGGACACAUUUGUACUUUUUUUGAUAUUAUUUUAAGUUAUUUUGUAUGAAAUUGUAUAUUAUUUUCUAUGAGUUUUGUUAAUUAAUUAAAGUGGAAACAGACAGGGACAAGUACAGACAAGGACACAUUUCCUCGGACCUUUCCGCUGCACUACACUGACUCUUAUACUCUCAUUUUAUGUGUUUGGGUGUUUUCAGUAUUUCCCUUUUUUCCCCCUUCCACAUUAGAAUCUGCUUCCUUUUUCACCAUUACAUGACACAUCGACUGAUACUUGUUCAUGUUAUAGCAGCUAAUAAAAACUUGACCUUAUCAUCAGCUUCUCUUUUUCACUCAACUGAAAUGAUUAAGAGAAAAAAAACAGUCACUAACUUAAAGCACACCGUGGUUUUAGACCAUAUAUUGAUUUUCUACAGGCACACCAACAACACACAAGAUU